AUGGAUGCAAUCUGGGAGAUUAAAGAAGAUCAAACUGCUGAGGUCUUAUUUCAUAUAUGCAAUCAGUUUUCAUAUCUUCAAUUUUUUAAUAAUUUACCAUCAAGUUAUAUUCAAACCGAUAAUGAAUUCGAAUUCAUUGGAUUUUUAUGCAAUGAUCAAAGAAUUCUAGACGAAUUUAUAAAUUCCUCAUUUCUCAAUAACUUUUCGUUUAAUUUAUUCUACAAAUUUGACACUAAUAUUCAGAAUGGAAUAAUUCAAUCGUUUAAUUCACAAAUAAAAGAAGAAUCAGACAAAUUCAAAAUAAUAAAUCUAAUUAUUAACGAAAUACCAAAAAAUUGCGUGAUAUCCGAAAUACUAUUAUCAUUUAUAAAUACACACAGGGAGUUUUUGCUUCCAUCAAGAGCUGCGGAAAUUUUUAUAAACGUUAUUUCAAAUCUUAGUGAUGAGACAAGUUACAAUGAAGAAAACGUUAUUAAUAUUUACAAUAUGUUUACGAGAGAAUGUGACAAAUUACUAAUUGAAAAUGAAAAAUCAAUACAAGAAAUAUUUUCAAACAAACAGGCAAUAUCAAAGAAAAUUCAUUUAAUGGGUUAUACGAUUCUCAGGUCAGAUUACAAAACGGUUAUUUUAGAGCGCCUUUUCGCGGAAUUUGGAAAUACAAAUGCAGAUUUGUUAGCUAAUCUAAUACUCACGAAUUGUAUUUGGAAAAGCGAUAUUCUGCAAUACGUUUUGGAAAACUUUGAGCCAUCUCAAGUAACAAAUAAAUUACUUUUAUUCAGAAUUUCUAAUAAAUUCUCAGUUUCAAUGCACACAUUAAGUAUCCAUCGUUUUGUAAACAAGAUACUCGAGAUUUCAAUCAAGAUUUACUUUACAGACGAAAGUUUGCAAAACGAAAGAUUAGAAUUCGUUAUCAAAACAAUUUUAGAUACAAAAGAAGAAUAUUUAGAAUACGUACCAAAAGAACUAAUUGAAAGAUUAAAAAUUACAGCAAUGAAGAUGAAAUAA